AUGAACGAGUCGGACCCCAAGUGGCGCGACGCGCCGCUCGGCGAGUUGUUCCCAGGGUUGGACGGGAACGAGUUGCAGUCCCAAGUCUUCGCGGCCUACCUCAUGAAUCCCGCGAGCCCGAACAGCCGCCUCCCCUUGUUCAAUGCGAAGAAGAACCGUGUGUUCAGGAGGGCAGAGUGCAACAAUCGCAAUUAUGUUAGCCACAGGGAGAAGCUUGUCAAGGACAUCCUCGCGUCCGGCUUGAUCGAGGGGGUUCGCGGGGAGGCUUGGGCCAUCCCUGAUGACAAGAGCCUCGCCUUCAUCGAUAAGGACCCAGAGUGCCAGUUCCUCCUCUUGAGCCACGCCACCCUCAUCGAAGCGAUCUACAUCGCUGCCGAGAGGGCCCCGCACAACAAGUUCGUAUUGGAAACUCUCAGGCUGGGUAUCAGCUGUAAGAUCUUCUUCCCGAUGACUCCGCUGAGCAUCUGCGUUUAUUUGAAGGACCUGCACAAUGCCUUCCACCGCGGGGCCCAGGCCAGCGUUCUUGAGAAGUACGACCAGUGCGUCACUUGCGAAUCCGAGUGGGGCGACCAUUGCAAGAACAAGAAGAUAGUAGCUCGCAACCUCCCCACAAAGGGGCCCAACACGUACAUCAAGCAGUACUGGAAGUGGAUGACGGAUAAUCACUACAAUGCGUUUCGCAAUUGGCCCAUGUUCUUCAAAGCGAAGAAGUUCGUUCGCCUCAUGAAGAAGUUGAAGCUGUACAAGCGCUUCAGGGAGACCGCCGAGAACGAGUGCGACUUCGCGCAUCCGGCUGUCGUCGUCGAGGACACCAUCCACCUCAACCACUCGCUCGCCAACGCCGUCAUGCAGUUCUCCGACGCGAUCCCUGGCCCGCACAUCAACAUGAUCUUGGCCGAGGCCUUGCGGCUGGUCUACCCAGUCGUUGUGGACGAUGACCUGGGGCCUCGUCGCAAGCCAGCUGCCGUCGCCGACGACGUCGACGACCCCACCUGGAUCUUCCGCACGAAGUCGGACGAGGCCAAGAUCAAGGUGCUCAGGACGCCGAUGUCUUCCACAGCCUUGUACCUGAGAGCGAGCAAGGCCGCGGCCAGCGACACUUCCCCCGAGGGCCCGAAGCAGCAGAAGAAGGGGAAGGGCAACGGCAAGGGCAAGAAGGGCAAGGGCGGCAAGGGGAAGGGUGGCAAGAAGGAGAAGGGGAAGGAUUCAAAGAGUAAGGCAAAGGCAAAGGCUAAGGGCAGAUCAGCCAACAAGAGCAAUGCGAAGGGACUCACAGAGAGAGCCAUCGACACCCUGCUUCGCGACAAUGUGUCAUCAACCGUCCCCCUCCUCGACGAUGAGCCCGGCGACGAUGACACCGCCGAGGGCACUGGCAACGGCAAUGGCGGCGCUUGCUCCUCCUCCCAGCCCCUGGGGGCCUCCGCUCUGGUCGGCGCGGACGCGGUGGUGGACGCCGACUGCGAGGAUGCCGAGAUGAUGUCCGACGAUCGGUCCGACGCAGAUGAGAUCGCCGCCAUGGAAAUGGCCGAGGCCGGCUUUGAGGCGCCGGAUACCUUGAUGGACGAGGACGACCAGGGCGAGGGCGAGGAGUCCCAGCAGCCGCGCGGGGCUGGGGGUGCGAGGACAAGGCAGGCGAAAUUGUUGGACGACGCUUACGCCCUGGUCAGCGGCGUGCUCAGCCAUAUCCCCGAGGAAGCUUACCGCCAGUGCCUCUUCUUCUUUUUCAAGAAGGAGUCCCUUGUCCAGCUGCCAGCGGAUACGAAGCCGAAGUGGUUUGAGGCGGUGAGGCCGUUGAUCAAGAACCAGCUCGCGACCGCGCAUGCCCACGCCCUGUCUCCCGCGGCCCUGCAAGAUAUCAUCAAGGGGACGAUGCCGAGGACUACAGAGCCGACUGCACCGUGCCCCGAGUCGGCUGACAGCCAGGUAAAAGCAUCCAUCUUGGAGGAGCACCGCCGUGUCCUGGCCAUGACCGAUACGAGUGCCGCCAUCAAAGCAUGGUCAGAUGAUAACAUGGACAUUCCGCUGGUGAUGGCGCCAGAUUUCGGCGCUGCCAUGAGGGAUGCGUUCGCGUACAUGAAGAAGAGGGGCGACGGCGACGGCCCGCUGGAGAACCUUCACUUCGCCAUGGCUUGCGCAGAGGGGCUGCGGAAGAUCAGGCCCGGGACCGAGGACUACGAGAAGGAGUGCGUGGCUGCGUCGGCCCUGAUGGCAGAUCAGAAGACUACCGGCUGCGACAAGCAGGCGGCGGGGCCGAAAGAGGUGUGUGACAUUUGGGCUUGCCAGAGUCAGGCGUUUGCAUACUGCACCGUGCGUGCGGACAUCGCGCUGUCCAUCCUCCGCACGAUUGUCGUCCCUAAGUUUCUAUCGCCAGGGCGGGAUACCGCCUCUGCGAAGGCCGCCUUCACGUCCCUCUCAGCUGCGAUCAAUGCCAUGACCGAGGCACGCGACAAGAUUGCCGCCGUCGACAUCAACAUGAAGCUGAAUGCUGGAGCCGAUACUGCCAUCAAUUGGGUGCAGUUCUGGACUCGGUGCUUGGCGGCUUCGUCGGCUGACAACGGGCCCACAGAGCUUCGCAAGAUGCUCGACGGCGAGAUCACCUCCAUCGCUACGAGGUUCGACCAUCGCGUGAAGGCGGAGGUGGAUCGACUGGCCGCCGAGCAGCAGAAGGAGACGGGCACUGGCGGCGAUGACGCAGCCCAGCAGGCGGUCAACACCGAGGGCCUGGCAAACAUCGCGCACUCAUUCGAGGAGCAGGGCAAGCAGUACAUGAGCUUGUCCACAGAGGUGAGCGAGGAGAGCUUCGAGAUCCCCGCAGCCGUUCGAUGCGACGUCAUGCAGAUGAUUAUGUGCAGGAUCAACAGCAAGGUCACCGAACACGCCAUGCAGAAAGGCAGUUUGAAAGCCGACAAGGGCAUGUCUGAGUUGCUCUACGACCGGAGCGGAGCGAGGAGGACACUCUGGUGCCGUGGCAUGGCCACGGACGGCAUCAGGAUCGGCUUCACAGGACACGUGACCAUGGUUCCUACCGUGGGCUGCUUCGAGCUCGGCGAGGUCGACCACGUCAAGGUCUACCUGAAGACCAACCUCCCGAAGAGCGGACCCAUCAUCGGCCACUUCUGCCCCGCGUGGCUCGUGCAGCCCGUGACCAUCAACGCCGAUACGGGCGAGGCGGCCCGGCAGGCGAAGAUGAAUCUCUUGUUCGAUGAAGUCGAGUUCGAGUUCAAAUGGAGUGCGACGUUCCUCGGCGCAGAGGAGACGAUGAAUAUCAAGUUGAAGAUCCCAUACCUCGAGCUGGGCGCUGAGUUCAAGAAGCUGGAGCACCCCUUCGAGCUCGAUCGGACCUGGAGCGAUGGCCUCGAGACUUGGAGCCUCGGCGACCGCGAGAAGAAGUACAACCAGGCCAUCGCGGACACGCUGAAGGCCCUCAAGCCCAGUGGAUCUGCGACCGAACCGGUCUCAGAGGAGUGGCGUCGCAUCGCUGACCACAUUUUGUGA